AUGGGGGAUGUGUCACCCACUCCAAACCAGCUCUUUUCAGAAGCCAUAGUCUUCUGGUCUAUAGGGCUUAUUAUUUAUGUCGGGAGAAUUGUGGCUCGUAUAAUUGCCAAUGGAUCAUACAAACGGUUGUUUGUGGACGACUAUGUGAUGACAGCCACAUUUGUAAGUGUUAUCAUCGGGAAAUCACGAUGGUCGCUUCUUUCAACUAACCCGACGGUUCCUCAAAAGGCAAUCUAUACCACAAUGCUGGUACUCAUUCAAAUAUCGGCCCGCUACGCAACGAACCUCAUGGAUCCCAGGGACUAUGAUGAAGUACUAGCAGACCCAAAGCAAGUCAGCGAUCGGAUCUAUGGAAGCAAAAUUGUCAUCGGACUGGAGCAAUGCAUGUUGGUUUCAACCUGGGGCGUCAAGACAUGCAUGUUGAUGCUCUAUUGGCGAAUCACGCAGAAUCUGAAAUCCAACUUCUAUAUCAAAAUCCUUUCCAUUUACGUUGCCAUCGGAUUUGUCGUCAUAAUGGUCACCUAUUACGCGGUCUACUGCCGCCCAUUCUCACAAUACUGGGCCAUGCCGGUGGAAAACAUGCAAUGUGCGACAUAUCAACACUACUCGAUAACUCAGGCCGUCUUCAACAUUUCCUCCGAUGCCGUCAUGUUCGCCAUCCCGAUUCCACUCCUUAUCAAAGCUCAACUCAAACGACGCAGAAAAGUCGUCCUCAUCGGCGUCAUGAGUCUGGGGUUGUUCACCAUCAUUGCCGCUAUCCUAAACAAAUAUUUCAACUUUGCCUCCCCACUCACAACAACCUACCAGAUCUGGUACAUCCGUGAAGCCAGCACGGCAAUCUAUGUCGCCAACCUCAUGUGCUGGUGGCCACUACUCCGCAAGCUGUUUGGCGUCAAGGCAUUCCAGUACAACAGCAACCGAGCCCAGCAACCUGGGAAUCCGGACAACCAGAACAAUGAUAGUAGCGGCUCCUACUCCAACAACUCACAACCUCGUCCUUCGUUCGCAUUCCCUCGCUCAUGGAAGCCACCUUUUCGUCUAGGAAAUAAAAGCACAACGCCUGGCAAGUACAUCGGCGAUAAGCGCUCGAGUACUGAACCCAUCAAUAAGUACAAUAACGAGUUCGGCAACGAUAUGCAUCGUGUCGAAGCUGUUCCCCUCGAGAACUGGACCGCAAAUGGGCAUCUUCGAACUGAAACUUCGACGACCAAGGGCUCAGUCAACUCGCUUGAGAAACAAUAUGAUGUUUAA